AAUCAGUAAAAAUAUGUUUCAUUUCAAAGCCAUCAAAGCGAACAUUUUUAUGAUGAGCAUUUCUUUACUUCUGUCCAUGUGUUUUAAAACCCAGAGUUAGAAAAAAAAAGAGGUGAUCCUCAGAAAAAGACACACCUGAAAUCAGUGAACAAUCAGCUGAAGUUUGUCUGCAGCUCCUCUGUGAAAGCAGCAUCACACAGGACUUAAACCCUCAUCUGACCACUGUGGGUUCAGCUGUGUUGUUGCUGAGGUAGUGAUCACUCUCCUCUACCUGGACUACAGUGACUCUGAGAUCCAGCAUGAAGACCGCGGUGGAGAAGCUUGGAGCUCAGCUCCCUCUCUGUUCUUCCAGCAGCUCCCAGCGUCUGCUCAGGAAAAGCUCCACUUACCUGGCCAAGAUCGCUGUGGUUCUCCAGGACACCCCAGGGAAGAUGCUCACCUUUACUCAGUUGAUGGACAAGCUGAUGCCGUUCAUGUGUGAGGACAGAAGAUCUGUUGAGAACAACAUCAGAGUCUGUCUGUCCACCAACAGCUGUUUUGUAAAGAUCCCAGUGGUCCCAAAUUCAGUUGACAGCAAGAGAAACUACUGGAAGCUAGACCCCAGUAAGAUCACUGCAAAGAUGGUGCGUCGACACUUCAAAGGGAUCCUGCAGCUCUUCCCAGAGCUGGCCUCUAAAGUUGAGACUGAGAACGCAGCACCAGGGUCAUGCACAGUUCCCGUCUCUCCUGAAGCCUCGGUCUGCAGAGCGGUUCAGAUCAGAUGUGAGGUAAAGUUCAACGGUCCAUUCUCCAUUGAAAACCUCCUGAAGAGAGACAGUCCCUCCGCUCAGAACUCCACAGCUCCUCCUCGGUGCAACGUGCCGGUCAAAGCUGAGCAGCAGGCUGGGAUAAAGAGGAGCUUCGGCUGGGACUCUCAGCAGCUUUUCCUCUUGCAGGCUGGAAGGUCCCCUGUCUGCUCAGCAGGGGGCAGCACACACCAUGGACUCACUGCUGCAGCAGUUAAGGCCAUGAGGAGGCCUCCUGUCUACUCAGAGCCCUUAUUCCCUGUCUACACCAGAGCUGCUCCUCAUUACAGAAGCCCACACGGCAGUUACAUCAGCUUCUCAGUACCCACAUUUACCCAUGAUGCUCGGCGUUUUUGUCUGUAAAUGUUUUUUUAUUUACUAAGUGCACUUUUAAAUGUUGAAUGUUUUUAGUGGUCUGUGCACAGAGACUUUCUUGUGUGUCUGCUACUCUUCCUUGCUUUAUUUAUGGCUUUAAUGUUCUUAUUCUUGACUUUUUGGUUGACAAAGUGAGAUGAAAAGUUUUUUUUUUCCUGCAGCAGCAGAUGAAGUUUUUGAGAAUGCUUUUAAAGUGUUUGAGGUCUGUUGUUGACCAGUAGAGGGUGGCAUAGCAAAGCUAAAAUGCAAUUAUUUUUUACACACUGCCCUGACUCAAACCCAUUAAAGAUCUUUUUCCUCAUAA